AUGGACCCAAAUACCCCUUCGCGACCGCCCGACUACAGUCUGCCGCCCUACGAUGACCGCGACGACGACACACCCACGGGACGCUCCAACAACCCUGCCGCUAUUCGUCUCUUGACCUCAGUCGAGGAGCCCAUUAUGGACAGCCGACCGUAUGUAACACCCAGCGUUCAUAUUCAGACGCCGCCUGCUAGCACUGUCGCCGCCGCCGCCGCCGGCAGCGCAUCGCGGCCCCGUCGUUCUGCUUCUGCUUCUACUCCUGUUCCUGCGUCUUCUAUCCCUCGUCUUCGACAGCUUCACAAGACGCCCGAGUCGUCGCCCAGCCUCUUCCCGCGCCCGCUCUCGCUGCGCAGGAAGAAGUCGGACGCCGCAAACCCGGCGCUCUCUACCCCAGAUCACCUUGACGCUUUACGGCAGCAGGAGGAGGCUCGCCCGACCGCGACCUCGUCUCCGGACCCCAUCUACACUUCACGCCGAAGUGGCGUGAGCAUCGUCGAUUUCGCGGAUGUGCAGCCCGCCUCCCGCAUCCCAGUGCGGUCCACUACUGUCAAGUUGCAGAAGAGGACGAGGCCCGCCUCUGUCAGAGAGACGCAGCUCCGGGACAGUCUCCCAACCAUUCCAGAGGGUCCUUCGAUGCGGAAAAGUCAACUGCACCAGUUCUCUAGUUGCCCCGUUCCCCCAUCCUCAGACGAUUCUGGUGACAGUACAGGCACAAGCUCACACUCAGCGAACGAUAGGCCCCGAUCGAGUCGACGAUCCUACGCGUCGUCAAUCCUGUCCGACCGAUCCGCCUCCAUCCGAGACCCUCCCAGCAUGCCGCCGCCCGACUCGACCUACGUCCCAUUCCAAGGCCGCGAUUACGCCCGCGAGUAUGAGCGAACCUACGAGCAAGAGUACCAGGACGAUUACCCCUACGAGUACCAGGCCGGCCGCGCAUCGCCCACUAGGACAUACAGCCCGUCGCGUCUGUCAUCAGACUUCACUCGGCCACCUCCGUCUGGAAUCUACGAGCCAUCUGAUAUCAAUGGUAGCCCCAGACCGGGGACCCCGUCCUCCAGAUAUGGUGGGAGCCCGAGACGACCGCUCCCCCCUGCGCCGCUCUUCUCGACCGGUGCGAACCGCAACUCGGCCGCUUUUGCAGAUGACGCCACAGUGUCGAUCCCUCUUCAUGAUACCGACGACGUUUUUGGGCCAGAGACGGACAUCAGCGAGACCCAGCCCAUGAGAGAGUCGUACAUGUCGCAUGACCAAGUCACCCUCAGUGAGGGAGACACGGAGACCGACGUCAAUGAGAAGGUUGAGCACUACGGCCCGGCCCCAGACGGCAUGCAGGAACGCCGAGGUGUGCGCGCGCCGCAGAUGUCGAGAAAGGAGGUUCAGCUCAUCAACGGUGAGCUGGUACUGGAGUGCAAGAUCCCCACGAUCCUCUACAGUUUUCUGCCUCGCCGUGACGAGGUCGAGUUCACCCACAUGAGAUACACAGCUGUCACAUGCGACCCCGACGACUUUGUUGAUCGCGGAUACAAGCUCCGCCAGUCUAUCGGCAAGACCGCUCGCGAGACGGAGUUGUUCAUCUGCGUCACCAUGUACAACGAAAACGAGUUCGACUUCACCAGAACAAUGUACGCCGUCAUGAAGAACAUCUCCCACUUCUGCGCCCGUUCCAAGUCACGCACGUGGGGCGACAAUGGUUGGCAAAAGAUUGUCGUCUGCAUCGUUUCCGAUGGCAGAGAGAAGAUCCAUCCUCGCACGCUUGACGCGUUGGCAGCCAUGGGUGUCUAUCAGCACGGCAUCGCCAAGAACUAUGUCAACCAGAAAGCCGUUCAGGCUCACGUCUACGAGUACACGACGCAAGUCUCACUCGACUCCGAUCUCAAGUUCAAGGGUGCCGAAAAGGGCAUCGUCCCUUGCCAGCUGAUAUUCUGUCUGAAGGAGAAGAAUCAGCGGAAGCUCAACUCGCAUCGUUGGUUUUUUAACGCUUUCGGAAAAGCGCUCAACCCCAAUGUCUGUAUUUUGCUCGACGUCGGCACGAGGCCCGGUGGCACAUCGCUCUACCACUUGUGGAAGGCCUUCGACAACGAUUCCAACGUCGCCGGUGCUUGUGGAGAGAUCAAGGCUAUGAAGGGCCGUUUUGGAGUCAACCUUCUGAACCCGCUUGUGGCCUCGCAGAACUUCGAGUACAAGAUGUCCAAUAUUCUCGAUAAGCCGUUGGAGUCUAUAUUUGGCUACAUUACCGUCUUGCCAGGCGCCCUGAGUGCCUACCGCUAUCACGCCUUACAGAACGACGAGACCGGCCACGGUCCCCUUAGCCAGUACUUCAAAGGAGAGACGCUGCACGGUCAACACGCAGACGUGUUCACCGCCAACAUGUAUCUCGCCGAGGAUCGUAUUCUCUGUUGGGAGCUUGUCGCCAAGCGUGGUGAGAGCUGGGUGUUGAAGUACGUCAAGGGAUGCCACGGUGAGACGGACGUGCCAGACACGGUUCCCGAGUUCAUAUCGCAGCGACGUCGUUGGCUCAAUGGUGCCUUCUUUGCUGCCGUGUACUCGCUCGUUCACUUCAAGCAGAUCUGGCACACCGACCACACCAUCACGCGCAAGAUCCUCCUCCAUAUCGAAUUCGUAUACCAGUUUCUGCAGCUCAUCUUCACCUACUUCUCCCUGGCGAACUUCUACCUGACCUUCUACUUCGUCGCCGGCGGUCUGGGCGACCCCUUGGUGGAUCCCUUCGGUCACAACAUUGGCCAAUACAUCUUUACUGUCCUGCGGUACAUCUGCGUUCUGCUCAUCUGCGCGCAGUUCAUCCUCUCGCUGGGUAAUCGCCCGCAAGGAGCAAAAAAGCUGUACCUCUUCAGCAUCAUCGUUUACAGCAUCAUUAUGAUUUACACAACGUUCGCCACCUUUUACAUCGUCAUCCGCCAGCUGAAAGAGAAAGACAACCCAGAGAUUCACAUGGGGAACAACGUCUUCACGAACUUUAUCGUCUCUAUUCUAUCGACCAUCGGGUUGUAUUUUGUCAUGUCCUUCAUGUACCUCGACCCCUGGCACUUGUUCACCAGUGCGGCUCAGUACUUCAUGCUGCUGCCGGCGUACAUCUGCACUCUACAAGUCUACGCCUUCUGCAACACGCACGACGUCACAUGGGGUACCAAGGGAGACAACGUCAUGAAGACGGAUCUGGGUGGUGCUAUCGGCAAGGGCAACAGCGUCGAGCUCGAGAUGCCCUCGGAACAACUCGAUAUCGAUUCGGGGUACGAUGAGGCGCUGCGCAACCUCCGCGAUCGCGUCGACGUUCCGGCAUCAGCCGUUUCUGAAGCGCAACUACAGGAGGAUUACUACAAGAGCGUGCGCACUUACAUGGUGCUUUCGUGGCUUAUCUGCAACGCCAUCCUCGCCAUGGCCGUGUCUGAAGCGUAUAGCGACCGCGGCAUUGGUGAGAACUAUUACCUUGCCUUCAUUCUCUGGUCUGUGGCGAUCCUAGCGCUCUUCCGUGCCAUCGGCUCCACCACGUUUGCGGUCCUCAAUGUCGUCAGUAUGAUCGUCGACGGCCAGGUGCGCAUGAGCCUCAAGAUGCCCAAGUGGAUGGGUGGCUUCGGCGAAAAGGUCAGCGAGAAGAUGAGCAGCGUCGGAAGCAGCGUCGGAAGCAGCGUCGGUGGCAGCAAGCUCAGCAGCGUCUUUCGACGCUGA